AUGGCUACUCUUAAGAGCAAAAAACCGUGUCUAAACCUCGUAACUCGAUUCCUUAACUCUCGAACUCCAUCUUUCCCUUGCGCGAACACCCGCACAAUCCAAACCCUGGCUUUCGAAGAGAUCCAUUCUUCGCCCAACAAACCCUACACAUCCACAGCGUUCAUUCUCCAUGGCCUCUUAGGUUCUGGUCGCAACUGGCGUUCCUUUUCUCGCAAUCUAGCUUCCUCUCUUUCUGAUUGGAGGAUGGUGCUUGUGGAUUUGAGGAACCAUGGCAGAUCUGCUGAUAUAGAGGGAUUAGACCCACCUCACAAUAUGUUUAAUGCGGCUAUGGAUGUGGCUAAUUUGGUGAAGGGGAGAGGUUGGGAUUGGCCUGAUGUUGUUAUUGGUCAUUCUAUGGGAGGCAAAGUUGCUUUGCAGUUUGCUGAGAGCUGUGCUCGUGGUGAUUAUGGUGACUCUGUUGCUUUGCCUAAACAGCUGUGGGUACUGGAUUCUGUCCCUGUAGAAGUAAGUCCUGACUAUAGUGACGGAGAAGUUGAGAAAGUUUUGAAGACCUUGCAUGGUUUACCUUCACCAAUCCCAUCACGAAGCUGGCUUGUGAACCACAUGAUUCAACUUGGUUUCUCAAAAUCAUUAUCAGAAUGGAUUGGAAGCAACCUCAAGAAAUCUGGAGGACAAGAGACAUGGGCUUUUAAUCUUGAUGGUGCUGUCCAGAUGUUCAACUCUUACAGGGAGACGUCAUAUUGGUCUCUGUUGGAACACCCACCAAAAGGAAUGGAGAUUGAAGUUGUGGUUGCCGAGAAGAGUGACCGUUGGGAUCCAGAUCUAAUUCAGCAACUUGAAAGCCUUUCCAAUCGGACUGGAGAUGAAUCUGAGGGGAAGUUCUCGCUUCAUGUACUUCCAAAUUCAGGGCACUGGGUUCAUGUGGACAAUCCAAAGGGGCUUCUUGACCUUGUGACUCCCAGGAUUGUUUCCCUUUCAACAUAA